AUGCCCACGCUGUCUGUAGUUGCCUCACCACCUCCGGCCAUUACCGUUCAUGCCACGCAACAUCACACACUGACGCUGGUCACAACCUUUGUAACACUGAUCACUCACGCACCCACUGUUAACGUUAUCCGCAUUCUUCCUCUUUACUUCCUCCAAGAGAUCCUAUGCCCAGCGCUGCCCAAGGUCGCAUUCGCCACGUACGAUCCGACGGACUGUGCCGAGUCCAAGUCGGCCUUCGGUACGAACUGCACGCUGAUCUGCGACUUUGGCUUCGAGAUGAAGGGCGGUCCCUCGACCAAGCAGUGCGGCGGCAAACGGACCGGCACGUGGAGCAAGCUGAAAACGCCCCGCUGCAUCGAUAUCGCCCCGCCGUACAUCGAGUGUCCGGGCAACUACACCGUGCUGAUGGACGACGACUUCCCGCACGCGCUGGUCCGCCGGCUCCAGCAGCCGUACGUGUUCGACAACAGUGGCGACAACUUUACGUACUGGUCGAAGCCAGGCAUCAAGGAGGACGGGAUCCGGCUCGCCCUUGGCGAUCACGAGUUUAGCUAUAUCGCGAUGGAUGCGUUCAAGAAUAAGGCCCGCUGUAGCUUCACCGUCACGGUGAUCGAUCUAACUCCGCCCGUCUUCGAGCAGUGCCUGGAUGGCCCGGUGCACUACGUAAGUGACAGUGCCAACCCGCAGGAAACGUUCGUCCGCUGGGAGGAACCGCUGGUGUACGACAAUUCGGGGCGUAAUGUUACCGUCACGCAGAACGUAACCUUUGGCUAUCUGCCGGCAGGGCGCCACGCCGUACGGUAUCUGGCAGUGGACGCCUCCGGUAACGAAGCCGAGUGUGUGCUGAAGGUCGAGGUGAAGCAAUACACCUGCGAUCACGUACCGGAACCGCGGAACGGCUACUCGAUCUGUGCGUACAACGCGUCCCAUGCUUGGUGCGAGAUCGGCUGCAAGGAGGACUACAUGUUUAGCCUGCAGCCGGAGGAAACCAUCCGGCUGGUGUGCGAUCGGGCCAACCCAACGUGGGGCGAGCAGCUGGAAGUGCCGGAAUGCAGCAAGGUGAUCGGCUCGUCCGGGGUGGAGAAGAUCAUCACCAUCCGGCUGGACGACGAGAUGGAUCCCGGCCUCUGCAACGAUACGGAUGCCAUCAACGAGGUGUCGGAAGCGUUCAGCGAUGGGCUGCGGCAGGAGAUGUGCGGCGACCAGGCGGACUGUACGCUGAUGACGACCCUGCCGGCCUGUCCUGCCGGCAACGGGGGUACGGAAACCGCGGAGGACACUGCGGUACGGUACAGUAUCGUGAAGCGUAGCGUAAAUGCGCAGCCGUCUACUACGCCCGAUCCGGGCCGGGCGAACGAUCGGGCAAUGGUUAAGAUUUUCGUGUACAAGCGCGUCUCCCAGGAACUUGGGCUGUGGCGUCCCGAUGGCAAGCAGUCGGAAAAUAUAAAGCGUAUAAAAGAGGAGCUCGAGAAGAUCAAUGGAAAGAAAAAGCUGCGCCGUCGGCUUGGUGCUCUGAAUUUGGACCUAAGCGUCCUAAAGCUGGACGAGAAGAUACGCUGCGCGAACGGGAGCAUUUCAAAGAAAUUGGUUUGUGUGCACUGCCCCCGGGGUACGUACCACAACUACACCACCAACAGCUGCCUGAGCUGCCCGAUCGGGUCGUACAACGAACAAACGGGCCAGACCAGCUGCCAGCAAUGCCCGGAACAUCAUUCCACGCGCAAACUCAAUGCCAAACACGCCCACGAAUGUAAACCCCAGUGUCCGCCGGGGACGGUGGCAAGGUUAAAGCUGUUGAAGAAAACAAAACCCAACGGUGGAAACGUCAACGGUGCGGUGAAGUACCACAAGACGCUGAUGCCGUUCUGUCGCCUGUGUGAGCCGGGACAGUACCAGGAGCAGUACAACCGGGCCCAGUGUCUAGCGUGCCCAUCCGACCACAGUUCGCCUCGCGGAUCGAAGUCAGCCGCCGACUGCUUCCCGAUCGGCGGCCAGCUGUGCAACGGUACGGUCGGGAACGUGUGUGGAGUCGGUGGUCGGUGUGUGGUCGACCCUAGCACACUGCUCGGCUAUCAGUGCGUCUGUGACGAGAACUAUGUUGGGGAACACUGCGAGAUUGCGCUAAAUCCGUGCGGCUCGGCACCCUGCUACAAUGGGGGACGGUGCGUGAGCAACGGUAGUGCCGGGUUUGUCUGCCACUGUCAACCGCCCUAUACAGGCGGUCCACUGUGUGAGUUUUACGUGGAUCCGUGCCGGUCGGACCAUUGCAAGAACGGUGGCAGCUGCGUGGAGGUAGACGGUCGUCCAUUCUGCGAGUGCCCGCUGGGCUACGACGGUGAGCGGUGCGAGUGGCGCAAAGACUUCUGCACGCCCAAUCCGUGCGAGUUCGAGGGUAUGUGCGUUAACGUCGACGAGGGCUAUAGUUGUGCCUGCCCGAGCGGUAAAACCGGACGUCGAUGCCAUCUGGAACCGUGCGACUAUCUGCCCUGCCCGGCGGGCUCAAUGUGUCUGAACGGAGCGAACGAUACGUCCGGUGGGAACGAUAGGUUCACGGUGGUUCUGCAGACACAGCAGCUGCCAUCCAACUCAGGCUCCCUGGCGUACUCGUACCGGUGUGUCUGCCCAGUCGGAUUGAGGGGUGCCAGCUGUGCCGAACUGGACAACCCGUGUGAAACGUCCAGGUACUGCCGGAAUGGGGCGACCUGUGAACCGGCCAAACUGCGAGUGCUCGGAGCUAGUACGGCCGAAGAUUAUGAUGACGAAAGCUACCGCAAGGUACGAUGUCACUGCCCGCCGGAGUACCAUGGUAGCAGAUGUGAGCUGCUACUGUCGGCCGCCUUCGAGCUGGAGUUUCCUCGUACCGGGGUACAGGCGUACGUCAAGCUGGCAGCAGACAGCAGCGAUGCGACGGGUCUGCGGGCGAUCAGCAUGUGCGGCUGGUACCGGACGGACGAUGACUUCAACUACGGCACACUGCUGUCGUAUGCAACGGCCACCGUCGACAAUGCGUUCACGCUGACCGACUACAGUGGGCUGGUGCUGUACGUAAACGGUGCCCACGUCGUCACGAACGUCUCGUUGAACGAUGGCGAAUGGCACUUUGUAUGCGUCAGCUGGACAAAUGCAGGUGGACGGUACGCGCUGUACGUCGACGGGGAACGGAGUGCAUACGGGUCGCGUCUAAGCGAAGGUGCACCGAUACAGUCGGGCGGUUUGUACGUGUUUGGCCAGGAGCAGGAUGUACUUGGGGGUGGGUUCAGCGAGACGGAAUCGUACCGAGGUCGCAUGGCGUACGUAGACCUGUGGAAGCGUGAGCUUGAGCUGGAGGAGGUUCGUCAUCUCUACCGUACCUGCGCACCGUACAGCGGAGAUCUGGUGCGGUGGAUAGAUUUACGACUUCAGACGGUCGGACUGGUGCGCAUCGUAGCGUCGAGCUUUUGUCGCGACUGUUCGCGGAAUCAUUCGCUCCCGAAUGGGUCAGUACGGUACGACGGUACGAGAGCUGUGUUCCAGUGCGACGAAGGCUACGAGCUGAUCGGACCAUCGUUCUCUGAGUGUCUGCGCACGUCCCAGUGGACUGCGGGCGUACAGUUCUGCAAGCUAACACGCUGCGGUACCAUCGGUGCUCCUUUGAACGGUCAGGUCCUACUAACGAAGACCAGCUUUGGUGGCGAGGCUCGGUUUAGCUGCGACGAGGGAUUCCUCAUUGCCGGCGCGGAGCUUCUGCAUUGCACUGCCCGCGGUAUCUGGUCUGGGCCGCCGCCCAACUGCAUAAGCAUCGUCAAAUGUCCGCCGCUGGUGCUGGAAGCGCACGAUGGCCGCGCACCUAUCAUCUACGCAACCGAACGUGGUGUCAUUCAGCAGCACCUGGACAGCUACGAUGUGGGCGUGCUGGCGGAAGUACGCUGCCUGCCUGAGUACGCCCUAACCGAGGACAAUCUGCUCACCUGCCUCGAGAGCGGCCAGUGGGAUCUACCGCUGCCCGAGUGUGUGCCGAUUCCUCCCACGACCACGCCGGAACCGAGCCGGGAUGCUCAACCGGCCCUCAUCAUACGCGUCAACCGUCGACCGGAUGUGCAGUUCUGGAAGCAGCUGCGCGACUACCUGUUCCAUGGCUGCACGCCACCGGCCGUACCGGGCCGGGGGCUCUCGCUGUUCUGCUACUCCGCAACCGGCACGAUCGCCGGCAACAACUGGACGGAUUUGAGCGGGUUCUCGCUGCAGCGCGAUGCGCCGCGCCUCACCAACAUCGACGUGCGGCUGCUCGGCUUUCUGAUGCGCACGGUCAAGCCGAACCUCAACCGGGUGGUACCGCAAAACCUGCUGCACUUCAUACUGUACGGCUCGGUGGACCCGAUCGCACCGGAGAUGCGCUACCCGGGCCAUAUCGAGAACGCGUACCGGUUCGUGAUCUGCCAGUUUAUCGACGUGAUCCUGAUGGACCGGGAGCUCAACUACGACGACGAGCUGGUGGUGGACAUCGGGCAGGAGGAGAACACCAACACCAAGAUCAAGCAUCUGCUCAAGAACGUGGCCCAUGCCGUGUACCCGCAGUACCAGUGGCUGCUGGAGGAGCGGAGCGCGCGCGAAUCGGCCGCACUGAAAAAGAUUAUCGAGCUAGCGGAUAGGGUACCGGGGAGUCCCUCCACGACCACGACGACGACGACGACAACAACAACUGCCGCUCCGCCGAAGCGAUGCCCGCUGAGCCAUCUGCCCAGCCCGCCGAUCGACAGCCACGUGGCGAUGGUUGCGCUGGCCACCCUGCACCGUCCUGCCGGCGAGUGGCGCCUCGAGCAGCUGCUAUCGAGCGGCCAGCUAGCCGAUCCGGGCGAUCGCAUCCAGUUCGGUUGCGAUGCGGGCUUCAGCAUGCGCGGCUCGGCCAUGACCGUGUGCGGGGCGGACGGGCGCUGGACCAUGGUGGAAGGCUUCUGCGAGGGUGCCGUAUGCGAGCAUCCACCGACCCGGGCCAACAUGCUGAUUGCGCCCGGCUCGCGGGACAAGCAGUACUACGUGGACGACGAGAUCGAGUAUCGGUGCGAGCCGGGCUACACGAUCAAGGGCCAUCCGAUCGUCAAGUGUCUGCCGAACGGCCGCUGGACCCCGAUGGUGGCGCGCUGUACACGCAUCUCCUGUGGACGACCAAAGAAUCUGCCGAUGGCCUACAUACUGGCGGGCAGCUCGUUCCUGUACGGUGACUCGCUGAAGAUUCGCUGCCGGCAGAGCAGUAUCGACAUCACCUGCCAGUCCACGGGCCAAUGGACAUCGUUCGAUCAGUGUUUCCAGACUGCUGCCGUUUCCGUAGGUCGUUAGCGUCCGGGUACAAUACGUAAGGAGCAAACGAGAAGAGUAACUGUUACAAAAGGCACGUAAUGAACCUUGUAGGUACCUUGGACCUACUUCAACGGGAUAUUAAAAAAAUAAAUUCUCCUGAUUAGACGUUUAAA